AUGAAUUCGAUGACUUCAGCAGGCCCCAAGGCCAGUUCUGUGUUUGUGGCGGCACCCCCCAGCACACACGCUGCGAUCCCAGGGAGCAUGUCCCAGGUGCCCCUAUAUCCACACAGCCAGCCCCAAGUCCACCAAAUUCCUGGGAGCCAACCUGGCUUACAGCCGCCUGUGUAUGUCCUACCAGCCCAAACAACCUUGAAAGAGGGCAAAGUCUUAGGGGCCCUCCAGAUCGUGAUAGGGAUGGUACACAUCUGCCUCGCUUUCAUCCUCUUAACUUCCGUGGCUGGGCAAUAUGCAGCUGUCUCAUUUGUUGGAGGCUAUCCCUUCUGGGGAGGCAUCACGUUCAUCAUUACAGGAUCCCUCUCAGUGGCAUCAGAGCAGCAGCCAAACUCUCCUUGCCUGCUUAAGGGUAGCUUCAGCAUGAACAUCCUCAGUGGGAUCUUUUGUGUUAUUGGAAUCAUCCUCUUCCUCGUAGAAUUGAUUCUCAACUCUGAGUAUAUGCCAGUCAACUACAAUAAGUGGGGUGUGGUGAGUAUCCCUAUCCCUGGAAAAGCUACCUCCAGCGUGCUGCUCAUCUUCAGCCUCCUGGAGCUCUGCAUUGCCUCCACAGGGGCCCACUUUGGCCGCCAGCUGGUCUCCUCUCCAAUCAACAAUGGGCCUGCGAUCUUCCAAAGCGUCUGCGUAGCAAAUCCAGUGGCCAACCCAGAGCCAGUAAACGUGCCACCUGUUUAUCCAAGCGUGGAUCAUAUUAGAGAAAGCAACUCGGAACACACUUUACGCUUCUCAAUAGAGGUGACACCAGCCACCUGCCAUGCUGAAAUCAGCAAUGAAUAA